CUGCAUUGUUUCCUGCUAUGUUUUUACAGCGUACUGUUCCUUUAAAUUACGGUGUCUCCACGGCCACGGUUGUCUUCAAACAGGAAGGUACAACCAACCGAUGAAAUCGCUUUCUCAAACCAAUUUUUUAAAGGAAUGUCAUCGAAGAGAUAAGGUCAUUCUACUCAAACGAGACACCAUGAGUAAUGGACCUGUAGACUGCGUGGUAAAGACUCCAGUGUCGCUGCAGAUUGGAGAUACAGUGACGGACACACUGCGGCCCGGUGUCUACAUCACAGACAUCGUCUUUCCAAAUGGAAAACCCAUAAAGAUUCAGGAAAUGUUGUUUAAGAACUACUACACAGCCUUCCUGUCGGUGCGUUUGUUACGGAGAGAGGAUGGACAUCAGGAUGGUGCAGCCGCUGCUGCCAAGUGGGUCACCUGUGUGAGAAACCUGCCACUCAUGGCCAACCCCCACACUGAAGCAGGAUCACAGGACUACUUCUCGCUCUUCAGACAGCAGAUGUUAGUGGAGCCGGAUGAUGUGACCUCAGUUCGGCUUAUUCUACGACAGCCUUCUUCAGCCUGGCUGAACUUCAACAUCGAAGAGAUCAAAAUUUAUGAGUGUGCAAAUGAGGAUGCUCAGACAGGUGCUCCUACCUGGCUUUCAUCCCUCACACCUGCUGAUGAACCUCUUCAUCUGCAAGGACUUCCAGACCCUGAGACAGUGUCAUCUAGCAUUCAGCAGAUGUGGGCGUUGACGGAAGUAAUGCAGUCCAAUCAAACAACAGCAUCUGUUGGCCGUUUUGAUGUGGAUGGCUGCUAUGACAUUAACCUGCUAUCUUACACAUAGCACAUGUCGAAGAUGGGCACAUGUGCGGACUGGAGUUCCUAAAGGGUAUGAACGCUCAUUCCUGGAGACGGAGUAGUACAUAACAGAUCAACCUUAAGUUUAUUUCAUCAAGACUGUUGACACCUGUCCAUGACAAACAAACAAAAGUGCAUUCUCCGGUGACAUUAUUCACUCCUCCUAGAAGAAAUCCCAACAGUUCAUCUAAGUAAACAGAUUCUAAUGAUGCCUCAUCACUUUGUCUGUAAAGCAAUGCAAAGUGCUGUUCAUCAGGAUGAGGAGAAACCAUCUUUUGUAAGCAAACAAUGUUUGAAGCUAACUUAAAAAAAAAUCACAAUUCGAUAGAGUUUUUCAAUUUGCAAUUUUACUUCAUGCAUCAUUAUGUCCAGUACCUCUGGCAUUUAAGUCAAUGUAUUUUAAAUAUCUCUGUAUACUUGUAUAUAUUUGAAUGUUAUAUAUAUUUAUGUAUCAUAUCGUAUACAUAUUUAUUGCCAUUCCCCAUUUAAUGGCAAAACAUAUUGUGACAAGACAUUGGGUACUAUGGGGAAUAGGCCUUCUCUGUAUAUUAAUAAAGCUCAUAUAUUAAUUAA